GUAAGUUGAAAAGUACAUGCGCAGUGUAGCAGUUUAUAAAGAAAUCGGAACAGGUAUAGCUGCCAACUGGAAAUUUUGAUUCCUAGUGAAUACAGUAAUAUACAAUAUUUGCUCUGAAAAUGGCGAAUAGGGCGUUUUCAUCUAGUUCAUGCAGUCUUAAAGCAGCAACUGUGCUAUUACUCAUAGUUUUAAUUCUUCACAUAAUUGGAUUUGCUUUACCAAAAUGGGUUAUUGUGGAGUUUAGUGUAACCAGAUUCUCAACUAGAACAGAGAGUGGCUAUCAUGCCGGACUCUGGCAACACUGUGGCUGUGCUAAAGUACACGACUCGAGCGUAUGUCUUUGUUUCUCAAGGAUAAAUGAUCCAGCGUGGUUUAAGACAGUACAGGCUGCGGAAACCCUCGGGCUGAUUGGCUUAAUCAUAUCGAUGCUUCUGUCUCUGGCUCUGAUGUGCUACAAGCAGAACAAGAAGUACAAAAUCAUCAACCUGAUAAUUGUGAUUAUUUCUGGUACAUUGAUGUUAAUUGGAGUGAUUAUUUUUGGAGUUAAAACAAAGGAAAUGACGAAAGCAUUUGAAGAUAUUGACAAUUAUUCGGAGUCAGUUGAGUUCAAAGGAGAUUAUGGAGAGCUUGGUUAUGCUUUUAUUCUCUGUACCGUUGCUGGAUGUCUUUGCAUAGCCGUUUGUGUGCCUCUCUAUAAGAUAGACAUUUGCACUACCACCCAGGAAACAUCAUAUGACGCUCCCGUACAUUACACAGCUCAAAAUAAUCCGCAAGGUUAUGUGCAAGGCGGACAACAACCAAUGAUGAAUGUGCCUACACACCCACAGACGCAGUAUGGGUCUCCGCCAGCGUAUGAGCAUUGUUAUGCUCAGGGCAACAGUGGAAUACCCUACAAGUCAUAGACUUCUUACCAAUAACCACCUGCUAGUAUCAAAACAUUUAAAUAUGUAUCGACAUAAUCAUUGUAUAAGGUCGACAUGGACAACUGAAAAUAUUUUAUGUGCAUGACAUAUGCAGCAGCAAUCGUAUCGUUAGAAAUAUGAAACAUGUGACUACCAGCAUGUAAUAUUGAGAAUUUUACUACAUAUAUCUACCCACACGAAGUGGUUGAGAUGGGAACAUCAGUGAAAUGAUAAUAUGGUGAAAUUAUAAUAUGAGCCGUGCCAUGUGAAAACCAACAUAGUGGCUUUGCGACCAGCAUGGAUCCAGACCAGCCUGCGCUUCCGCGCAGUCUGGUCAGGAUCCAUGCUGUUCGCUUUCAAAGUCUAUUGCAAUUAGAGAAACUGUUAGCGAACAGCAUGGAUCCUGACCAGACUGCGCGGUAGCGCAGGCUGGUCUGGAUCCAUGCUGGUCGCAAAUGCACUAUUGGUUUUCUCAUGGAUCGGCUCAUAUGGUGAAAUUAUAAUAAAUAUUUUUGGAAUGGGGAGCUCUCGUUUAGAGCCACAAUUUGCAGUAUCGUACGGAUAAAAUGAGUGCGUUUAAAGUUCAAACCCGUUAUAUUUAUGUUCGUAACGCAACACAAAUACCUACAACCAUUUGCAUUGGUCUAACCCAGCCAAAAUUCAAAAUGACACUGCGAGCAGUCGCGAAUAGGUAGAUACUGCUCAUUUGGUUGUAAUUUAAUUAUGUAAUUGUUCAGAGACCCAACCACACAAACACGCAAGCGCACAUGUACGCACAAAUGAAAAUCUCCGAAGUCUGUGUCCAUCACACAUGUUAUUAGUGAGUAAAUAGUAUAAACUAAGAAAAUUACAGCCCCGCUGUUGAUUUAUCGGCAAAUCAUGUUUUCAGUUGAUUACGUUAUUUGAGUUAAACACAAGAAAAUGUUUCCCUCUCCAAUUAAUACAACUAAAUAUGGUGUUUUAAUUUAAUAAAAACAAAUGUCAAUAUAUCA